AUGGCUACCGACAUCAAAGCAACUCCAGCCGACACUGAACUCGCGUUCAUCACUGCCACCAAUCCAGACCCGUACCUGAUCGCCUUCAAUGACCUCGACACCGAUAACCCAAAGAAUUGGCCCACCCGCCGCAAGUGGGCUGUAACAAAUGUUCUCUCGGUGACAGGCUUCAACCGCAUCCUCGUCUCAACAGUAAUGGCCCCCGCACUCUCCAUAAUCGCAAAGGAUCUAUCCAUGACACCUACUCAAUCCGUUAUGGCGUUGAGUAUUUAUCUCCUCGCGACAGCGUUUGGACCGCUUGUCAUUGGUCCUUUGUCUGAGGUCUAUGGCAGGAAGACGAUUUUGCAUGUUUCGAAUAUUUGGUUUCUUGUUUGGAAUGUUGCUUGUGGUUUUGCAAAUACGAAGGAACUACUUAUAGGGGCGAGAUUCUUGGCUGGGUUUGGAGCGAGUGCGGUUUAUGCGCUUGGGGGAGGCGUUUUAGGUGAUAUUUGGAGGCCCGAUCAGAGAGGGAAGUCGCUUGGUUGGUAUAUGGUUAUCCCUCUGAUCGGUGCUGCCGUCGGACCUGUCAUUGGAGGAUUCAUGACAGAUCGCGUCUCGUGGAGAUGGAUGUUCUGGUCAACCUCAAUCUUCCAAGUUGCCAUGGCCGCUCUCUCGUUCACCACCUUCAAGGAAACAUAUGCUCCAGCCAUCCUGAAGCAGCGAGCCAAGAAGCUCCGAGAUGAAACCGGCGAGCCAUACUACACAUAUGAAGAACGUGCACAAGAAGGAAUGAGCGUCAGAAAGAUCCUCAACCAAGCCAUGACCCGUCCCCUUCGUCUUUUGAUUUUCCACCCCAUUAUCCAACUCACAGCCAUAAUCUCCGCAAUCGGCUACGGCCUUCUCUACAUCGUCCUCACAAGUUUCGCAGAGCUCUGGACCAAACAAUACAACCAAUCCGUCGAAAUCAGUGGUCUGCACUAUAUAUCCUGCGCACUAGGCGAAUUGAUCGGUUCUCAAGUCGGCGCACCACUAAUGGACUACUUAUUCCGCAGAAUGGAACGUCGCUCAGGCCAGCAUCACCCCGAACACAGAGUGCCUCUAAUGCUGAUCUUCGCCCUCGUCGCACCCAUCGGUUUUGUUACCUACGGGUGGUGCGCACAGUUCAAAGUCCACUGGAUCUGGGUCGAUGUCGCAAUGUGCAUCACCAUGUUCGGCAUGCAAAUCUCAGGGAUGCCGUUACAAGCUUACAUGAUGGACUCGUACCCUGAUCAUACGUCCAGUGCGAUUGCGGCCCAGCAGUUUCCAAGGAGCUUGGCUGCGUUUUUGUUUCCGUUGUUUACGCCUAAGAUGUAUGCUGUGCUUGGGUAUGGGUGGGGGAAUAGUGCUAUGGCCUUGGCAGAGUUGGGGUUGGGUGUUGCUGCGCCGGUUUUGCUUUGGAGAUUUGGGGCUCGGUUGAGAGCGAGGGCAACGUCGAGUUUGUAA